AUGAUUGAUUUCGCUGUAAGUAUAGGUCAAUUUGAUUUAAUUUAUUUAUUAGUCCAAUCUGGACUAAAAGGAACGAAAAAAGCAAUUAAUUUUGCUGCAAAGAAUGGAGAUCUAGAUAUGAUUAAAUAUUUACAUAAAUUAGGAUAUAAGGGAACAGAAAGUGCAAUAGAUAAUGCUGCUUUAAAUGGACACCAUGAAGUAAUUAAAUAUUUACAUGAAUUAGGAUAUAAGGGAAAAGAAAGUGCAAUAGAUAAUGCUGCUUUAAAUGGACACCUUGAAGUAAUUAAUUAUUUACAUGAAUUAGGGUAUAAAGGUACAGAAUGGGCAUUUAAUUAUGCUGCAAAAAAUGGGCAUUUAGAAGUUUUAAAAUAUUUACAUGAAUUAGGGUAUGAAUGUACAGAAUGGACAAUUCGUUGUGUUGCAGAAAAUGGACACCUUGAAAUAUUAAAAUACUUGCAUGAAUUAGGGUAUAAAGGUACAGAAUGGACAAUUCAUUUUGCUGUUGAAAAUGGAAAUCUUGAAAUUAUUAAAUAUUUAUAUGAAUUAGGGUAUAAAGGUACAGAUUAUGCAUUUAAUUGUGCAGUAAGUAACCAGAUAUUACAUGAAUUAGGGUAUAAAGGUACAGAUUAUGCAUUUAAUUGUGCAGUAAGUAACCAGAUAUCAGUAUCAGAUAGUAACCUUGAAGUAAUUAAAUAUUUACAUGAAUUAGGGUAUAAAGGUUCAGAAUGGGCAUUUAAUUUAGCUGUGAGAAAUAAAUAUAUUAAUACUUGA